GUAAUUUUUGUUUAAACAUGAGUGAGUGUAUUUUGUAAGCUGUUUUCGCUCAAGUAUUUGAAGUUCGCGGGAGCUUUAACGGUUGUACUAAUAAUCGUAAUAAUCAUAAUAGUAAGAGAGGUUGUGUUUUAUGUUAUUGUUUAUACACGUGACAAACUGCUUUCAAAAUUCCUAUAAAAAUUAUAGAAGAUAUAUAAUUAGAUCAUUUUAUAAAAUGAACCUAUGACCUUGAUUCCUGGAACAUCAGGAUUCAAUCAAACAGUUGAUAGUUUUAUUGUAAAAAAAAAAGGGAUUUUGCGACAUUUGCUCAAUAAAUUAGUUGAAGACUACAAAACAAAAAAAAUGUAAAUUUAUAGAUUUAUCACGAGUCUUUAUUUAGCAUUUGGUAGUGUUUUCGACAAAGCGUUGAGUUUUUAUGAAUCAAUUAAAGUAAGUAAAAUAAUAGCUUUUGAUCCAAACGCUCAAGGUAUUUGGAAGGAAAUAAAUUCCUGUCGAUGGUUGCUCGACGUACAAUGAUUGUCCGAUGAAGCUUAUAUUUUGUUUCUCAACAUAAAAAAUUGUCCAUGUGCCGCUUUUGAGUACUAUUUCAAAUCGUAGACACCAAAUGCUUAGGGAUUAAUUAGACCAGGAAUGUAAGCACGUGCUAGCAGCUAGGUUUACAAUUUAAUUUUAACAAUUUAAAAAUUUAUUACCUACUGUACCAAGAUUCGGACAAGUAAUAUGAUGUCGUCACCAGAUGAUUAUAAAUUCGUUGCCAAAUUGGGCAAUCUCAAAACACUUGUACAAUUAUUGAGAUCUAUCAAUUUUAAAGAGUGGGCAACGUGUUGCUGCUCGGACAAUGGUGUAAAAAUAACUGUUGAGGAUAGCAAAUGUCUCCAAGGAAUCGCGUACAUUCCAAAAAUUAUUUUUCAAGAAUAUAAUCUUGCUGAAGACGUUAUAUUUAAAAUUAAUUUAACUGUUCUAGUGGAGUGCCUUGGAAUGUUUUGGAGUAGUAUAUCUACUCAAGGAGUUUCGGUUAUGCUCCAAUUGAUGUACAAAGAUGUAGGACAUCCAGUGUCUGUGUUAAUUGAAGAAGAUGGUAUUCUUACUGACUGUUCAUUAAAAACUCUUGAACCAGAUGAUCUUAUAGACUUUAAUAUCGAACCGAGUAACGUUCUCAACAAAGUUAUUUUAAAUACAGAAAUAUUACGUGACAUUUGGAGUGAGCUGGACCCUACAACUGACGUGAUAGCGCUGUUGCUUUCACCAGACCCGCCGUAUUUUAGAAUAAGCACCAGUGGUUUCGCGGGUGAAUGUCACAUCGAGAUACCUCACGAUACCGAAUCAAUUGAGAAUUUUCAGUGCAGCAUAGAGGCCACAUUUUGUUAUCAGUACUCUUCAAUGAAACCGGUAAUGAAAGCACUUGCUUGCGCUAAUAAAGUAUCACUAAAAACAGACAGCAGAGGACUUUUGGUGUUUCAAUUUAUGGUAAAAACUGACGAUGGUCAUUUGAGUUACAUCGAGUACUACCUAUCACCAGUUUUUGAUGCCGAUGAAUAGAAUAUUAAAUUAUUAUUUAGUUGAGGAGAUAAUUUAAUAAAAAAGAACCUAAAAAUUAUUUAUCAAGAUCUUAAUGUAUUCGGACUAGAAGAUACUGUACAUUAAUUAAAUAUUUCUUUAAAUUAAUUAUAAAAUAAUCAUAUCUCGCGUCAACAUUGUGGAAAAGUUAACGAUGGAAUCAUUUGUUACAAUCAGCGACUAUGACAAUAUGAAGCUCGGAUAUUACUGGUCAUUUACUUUUUUUUAUUUAUUUAUUUAUUACCAUAAUUUUUUUUUUUAUUAAUUUGCACUUUAUGUCGACAAACAAAUGAUUAAUAUCAAUUAAUCAUCCAUAUAAUUCAACUUGCAACUAAUAGUUGUUUGUUAAUGUUAAUAAUUUAAUUAUUUCUUAUUAUUCUUAGGCAUAAUAAGAACUAUCAAAAUAAUAAGUAAUUUACAUGAGUAAGGUGAUAUGUUCUUGCUGCAAUUAAUUCGUCACAAAGUACGUAUUACUUUAGCAAAUAAAAC